AUGGAGGAUCAAAAGCAGACGAGUUUCACGUUUGAGAUAGAUAACUUCUCGAAGAAGGAAGGUUCGAUACAAUCUCCAAACUUCUCAAGCGGCGGCUGCGAAUGGGUUCUUAAGGUUUAUCCGAAAGGAGAUGGUAUUGAUGAUGACUUGUCUCUGUACCUCUCCGUUGCGAAUCCUAAAUCAUUGCGAUUUGGAUGGAAAAGACGAGUUAAUUAUUCCUUCGUUCUGUUGAAUCGAUCAGGCAAAGAACUCUAUAGAACAGAUGAAGCUUGCAAAUUGUUCUGCUCUCAGUUCUCAUCAUGGGGUAUAGCAAUGGCUUUUACUCUUAAAAAGCUUCAAGAAAAAGAGUUUCUGGAGAAAAACAAACUGAUCGUUAGAGUCGAGGUAAAAGUAAUUGAAGUUAUUGAUGAAGGAGAUGUAACUGGGAAUGAGACCUUUGAUUACAAAGGUUUCCAAGUUCCAUAUUCUCAGGUUGCUCCAGUGAGUAGGCUUUUCGUGGAACACCCGGACAUUGCAGUGAAUUUCAAACUAAAGAACCAAUUGGUAAAGACGACAUACAUGAAUCUCGUCCUCGGCCUAAUCAAAACACUGAACAAGCCCGCACAUAGCUUCACCGAGACUGAGCUAAGCAAAGCUCAGAGCGAGUUGAUCGAGCUAACAGAAGCGGGCUUCGAGCUAGACUGGUUGAAAAAAAAGAUUGAUGAGAUUUCCUUGGAGAGGAAGAAAGAAAUUCCUGAUGGUUCUCGAGUCCGAGAACUCGAGGAAGAUAUCAAGAAUCUCAAAGCUGAACUGAACAACGAAAAGGUCAAAUCUGCAGCUAAAUUUUUGUCGCUAGAACAGAUGGUAUCAGAUCUCAAAGCCGAGCGGAGCCUUGUUGAGCGGAGCCUUGAAGACUGUUUUUUGAUUUUGGAAAAAACCAAGAGUAAGAUUCGGCAUACGAGAUCCUGUUAG